UCUUAUUUUGUGUGUUUGGAGUUGCUCCGUAGUUGCUGCUGAUUCAAACUGCUUGCCCGGAAGAUUGGCGGGCGAGGCGCGGCGGUCUCUGUCGAUGAACAUGUCAACACCUCAGAGGAGGAGAGGGAGGAGGAGUAGGAGAGGAGGAGGAGUAGGAGAGGAGGAGGAGCAGGCAAGGAAGAGGAGCAGGCGAGGAGGAGGGAGGAGGUCGACGACGCGACCGUCUCUGUCGAUGAACAUGUCAACACCUCAGAGGAGGAGAGGGAGGAGUAGGAGAGGAGGAGGAGGAGGAGAGGAGGAGCAGGUGAGGAAGAGCAGCAGGCGAGGAGGAGGAGCAGGCGAGGAGGGAGGAGGUCGACAGGGAGGAGGAGGAAGCGAAAGGGGGGUUAGGGAAGGAGGGCGCCAACUGGGAGAAGGAAAGGGCCGAGGAGGAGGAGUAGUAGGACGAGGAAGAGGACGACAACUAGGAGGAAGACUAGAGGGAAAAGGAGGAGGAGGAGGAGGAGGAGGAAGAGCAGGAGGAAAAGACCAAGGUCGGCGAGGAAGAGGAGGAGGAAUGCAAAGAUUCAACGCAACCAGCCAGCACCACAUCGGGACUGAGGUCGGCGUCCCGUACGUGGAGAUGGCAUCCAAAGUUGCUUGCUCGUCAGGGGUCUCUACGCCGAAGGUUGUCGGAAGGGCGGUCACGUUCCAAGAGAAGUAUUGGGCAAUCGAUUGGCACCUCGGUAUGGUCCCAUGUUGUGGGCCAGUAAUGUUUUUGCGGGAUGAGAGUGGCGGUUACUACUCAUGCGUGGGUAUCAAGACUUACUCGUUUGAUAAGAACAUGCCUGAUGAGGAGUACAUGAAAGUCCAUCUCACGACGUGUUUCGACAUUGACGGUCACGAGGUGCCUGGCAACUACAAGCUCGUGUCUCUCCACAUCGAGAAGUUCCAAGGUUAUGGCAUCCGCGCCGCAUCAAUGCCACCAUUCGACAAGUCGACGAAGAAGGAUGCGUCGCAGAUGGUGAUGCUAAGGCCGUUCGAGUUCCUCAAACGCGUUAAUUGCCAUAAGGUGUCGAACCGUAUCGUGACGAUUGACAACAAGCCGCAGUUGUCAACUCCCUUCGUGUCGUUCGACUGUGUCAACUCCCUUCGUGUCACAAGCUGCAGGCAAUGGGCCAACCCGUUUUGUGGACUACCGUCUCUGUGAGCUCGCCAAAGGCGGUAGGCAAGAGUUAUGGGGAGCCGAAAACAUCUGGCCGAAUGAGCAAAAGCGGGGCCGCAUCGACACAGGCAAAGAGCGUGAGCAAAUCAGCUUCUCUACUCCAGCCGAAGGGUGUAUCUGCAACGAGGUGUCGGAGCUGAUACCCUUACAAGGGUAUCCGCUCAUGUUUUUAUGGUCGGUGCAAUGUCAGCACCAACAGACAGGCUGAAGACGGCUAAAAACGAGAAAUGAGGCAAAUCCCUCAACUGUUACGAUCGAGGAAGUUUUGCCUGCGCAAGCGCCCAAACACGGCGCUCACAGACUAGAGUCGAUGGUCAAAUUUUUUUGAAUGCUCGCCUGCCUUGUCAUGGCAAACGCCGAGGAGGUAAAGAUUAGGGGGAUUAAAAUUUUGAAUGACCACACGCGAAGGGUUAGUAAAUUAAACCACCGACC